UAGAACCCCUCUCUCUCUCUCUCUCUCUCUCUCUCUCUCUCUGCGAAUCUCCCGUAUCUAGAAAAUCCAUGGGAAACGAUAGAACCAUUAUUUCCUUCUUCGCAUGUACCGCAAAGAUUGGGUUGUGACUUUUUUGGGGAUAAUUUUGUUUUUUUUUUGGGUUAAAUUUUGGGACGAUGAAUCUUCUCUUUCUUGGAGAUGGGGCAUUGAUUGAGAGUCAAACCCGAAUUCACUGAAUUUCUAGGGUUUAUGAAGCUGCAGCGAUGGAACCAAAGUGGCAUUUCUGUCGGAAGCAAGCCAUGCUCUUGAUUUUUUGUCUCACCUUGCUUCUCCAUCUUGCAUCCUCUGAUUCCGUAUCGAACGAUUCGACUCAGAGGACUAAUGCUUUGAAGAACCGAACUCACAAAGCAUUGUGCCCUCCCGGUUGGAUCUUAGGCCCGAGCAGCACUAAAUGCUACGGAUACUUCGGAAACUCCACUUCGUGGGAAAAGUCGGAAACUUUCUGCAGAACCUAUGGCGGUCACUUAGCAGCAGUUGCAUCAGAGAAGGAACUCGGCUUUGUCCAGAAACUAUGUGGAGGAAAUGUUAGUGGCUGUUGGAUUGGAGGAAGAAGCUCGAAUUCUGCUUCGGCCGUCCGUUGGAAUUGGUCCGAUAGUAAUGCUCCUCAAUGGAACCUGUCGGUGUAUCCCCGAAUUCCACCCCGUGCUCAUUGCCGCAAUUCAUCUUGUCGUUACGAUGUGUGUACUUCCGUGACGAAUGGUUCGCUAGCCAUCCUUGGGGAGAGAUGUAACAUCUCUCACACUUUCAUUUGCUCGGUCAAUGCUGGAUACAAAUGCCGCUACAUGCAUUGUCAUCGGGAAUAUCUCAUCGUCAUCGCAGUUGUCAGCGGGUUGAUCCUCCUAACGACGGUUACCAUUGUAUUGUGGCUCCUUAUCUACAAGAGCAGCAAGAAACGUCGGAAAUCCCGAAAAUUAUCUGAUCCUGCAUCUUCUGGUAUAGUUCCACCAACAUGGAAGAUCUUCACAAAUGAAGAACUAAGAUCAAUGACAAAGAAUUUCAGCGAAGGGAGCCGCCUUGCCGGGGAUGCCAAAACCGGCGGGACUUACAGCGGAAUCUUACUGGAUGGAACGAAGGUUGCGGUUAAGAGAUUAAAAAGGUCGAGUUUUCAGAGGAAGAAGGAAUUCUACUCCGAGAUCAGAAGAGCCGCGAAACUUCGUCACCCGAAUGUAGUAGCCAUCAAAGGUUGUUGUUAUGAUCACGGCGAUCGCUUCAUUAUUUACGAGUUUAUACCCAAUGGACCACUCGAUAGAUGGCUACACCAUGUUCCACGAGGCGGUAGGGGCCUUGACUGGAUUAUGAGGAUGAAAAUUGCGACAACUCUUGCACAAGGAAUUGCGUUUCUACACGACAAGGUGAAACCGCAGGUGGUGCACCGUGACAUCCGGGCGAGCAACGUGCUCCUGGACGAGGAUUUUGGGGCCCACCUGAUCGGCGUCGGGCUCUCGAAGUUUGUUCCGUGGGAGGUCAUGCAGGAGAGGACGGUGAUGGCGGGAGGGACGUACGGGUACCUGGCCCCCGAGUAUGUGUACAGAAACGAACUGACGACGAAGAGUGAUGUGUACAGUUUCGGGGUGCUGCUUCUCGAAAUAGUGAGCGGGCGUAGGCCGACUCAGGCGGUGAAUUCGUCGGUCGGGUGGCAGAGCAUAUUCGAGUGGGCCACGCCGCUCGUUCAGACGCACCGGUGGCUCGAGCUGAUCGACCCGGCGGUCACGACCGACGUGCCGGAGGCUAGUGUGGUUCAGAAAGUGGUGGACUUGGUCUACGCCUGUACACAGAACGUGCCUUCUAUGCGUCCGAGGAUGUCUCAUGUUGUUCACCAGCUUCAGCAACUGCUUCAACCAUCUGAAAUAAACUGAACUGACAAUGUCUGAAUUCACGAGUUCAAUAGAUUUUUUUUUUUUUUUUUUUUGGUAUUGUAGACAGAGUUGAAGCUUUUGUAUGUAGAGAGUCGCUAGGAUCAAUGAGCAUAUUUCUAAUGUCAUUUUCCAUUUUCAUUUAACAUGAAAUGGUACGGAAACUGUUAGCUUAA